AUGCCUACGCAGGCUCGCAGCCUCCGUACACGGAGCACCAUGAACGAGAAUGACGAGAACAGACCUUCGACGCGUCUCACACGGGCCAAGGCUGCAGCUCUAUCCGCAGGUGACGUCUCCACUGCCGCCACUAAGAAACCUCUUGAGACCAAGAAAGCCGCUACCUCAACCGCGACCGCUGGUACCACAAGGAGGCGCGCUGCCCUAGGUGAUGUAAGCAAUGUCACCAAGGGCGAGAACGGCGGCGCAAAGGAGGGAAAGAAACCAGCCGCGACCAAGGUUGGCUUGACAUCCAAAGCUACAAUGCAGGCUGGUGGCGUUGCGAAGCUCACCCGCACCAACUCGUCGCGUACUACUGCCCUGACAAACAAAACCACCAACACGAAGAAGCCUACGGAGGAUAAGGAAAAACGCUCGGGACCCGGAUCUAUCAAGGAUAGUGCACAGAAGCGCCAAAAAACCACGCAAGACGUGUUGGUCGAAGAGCCACCCCGCAAGAAGGUGGAGGUCGAGAAAAAGCUCACCGAGAAGAAGCUCACCGAAAAGAAGCUUGUCGCUGAGAAGGCUCCCGCCAAGGAAAAUGUCGAAGCUCCUGUUGAGAAGACCCUGCAGAAGCCCGCCCAAGAUCUCGUGGAGGAUUUGGAUACUGAGGAUUUGGAUGACCCCUUGAUGGUGGCCGAAUAUGUGGUGGAGAUCUUCGAAUACAUGAAGGACCUCGAACUCGAGACACUACCUAACCCCCAUUACAUUGACCAUCAACCGGAUCUGGAGUGGAAGAUGCGUGGGAUCCUUGUUGACUGGCUCAUUGAGGUUCACACCCGUUUCCGCCUGUUGCCUGAAACCCUUUUCCUCGCUGUCAAUAUCAUCGAUCGUUUCCUGUCGGCUGAGGUGGUGGCUCUGGAUCGUCUGCAACUUGUUGGAGUUGCGGCUAUGUUCAUCGCGUCCAAGUACGAGGAGGUCCUCUCGCCGCAUGUGGCCAACUUCAGCCACGUCGCCGACGAGACUUUUACCGAUAAGGAGAUUCUGGACGCUGAGCGUCACAUUUUGGCGACUCUCGAGUACAACAUGAGCUAUCCCAACCCGAUGAACUUCCUGCGUCGUAUUUCCAAGGCAGACAACUAUGAUAUCCAAACGCGUACCCUCGGAAAGUACCUGAUGGAAAUCAGUCUACUCGAUCACCGGUUCAUGGCUUACCGUCAAAGUCACGUGUCCGCCGCCGCCAUGUAUCUAGCACGUCUCAUUUUGGAGCGUGGGCCUUGGGAUGCCACCCUGGCUUAUUAUGCUGGAUAUGACGAAGAGCAGAUCGACCCUGUCUUCCGUCUCAUGAUCGACUAUCUUCACCGCCCGGUCUGCCACGAGGCGUUCUUCAAGAAAUAUGCCAGCAAGAAGUUCCUCAAAGCGUCCAUUUUGACCCGCCAAUGGGCCAAGAAGUAUCACCACCUGUACAUCGACAGCUCCCUCUCAGAACCGUACAACUAUAUCAAGGAUCAUGAAUAAAUACGAAGGGGGGUUUGCGACACCCGUGAUGAGCCAAGAUCUUGCUCCUUGGCGGGAUGGGUGUAAGGGGAGGAGUUGGUUGAUUCGAUAUAUGGCAUUUCUUCGGUUGUGAUGGUAUAGGACACCUCUUGCAUAUGUUUACGACGGCAUUUUUCUGUUUCAGCUGCGGAUGUUUGCAUUAUUCACUUCUACUCGGGGCGUCGGGCGCUCUUUUCAAGCUCUUCUCUUUCUUUUCCAUCUUUGCUUUCUUCGAUUUGGCAGUGUGUCUGGGUUUCUUCACACUUGACUUCCUCUGAUACCUUUACAUUCUCCUUCUCCCCCUGUUUGUAUUACAGGCGUCGGAUGCCCAGGGUCGGCAAUGUAUUUGCAAUUCUUUUUUGGUUCCCCACUGGUCUUCUUCUGCCAGCACGUUCGCUUC